GGGCCUUGGAGACAAUCGACUCGCGUUCGCUAUAGUGAAUGUAUGGCGAAGAGUGACGGGGUUUCGUGGAAAGUUUGUGGCAUUUUUACCCCUUUGAAGCGUGAUUGACGUGUAGCGUGACCCAGAGUGACGCCCGUGAACCCUCAGGCAGUGGCCCAGUGUCGAAAUAUGCCCUUCUAUGUCUAGCCACUCGGACAGGACGCAGAGAGACAGUAUCCAGAGCGGCGGCAGGAAGCAUCUGCAAGAGAACCAGACGGCCAGUCCAGUCAUUCAUCCACCGGCCAAGAGGCACAGGAUGAACGUGAAGGCGGAGGGUGUGCAGGAGGAGAAGCGGGCCAACUUCUCCGCCCUCGGCAACUCCAAUGGGGCGCUCCUCAAGUUGCCCUCAAGCAAUCUGGCCGCCAAGCCGGGCGACAUCAAGAAGCUCGUGAUCAAGAAUUUCAAAAGCAAGCCAGUUUUGCCGGAGAACUACCAGGAGCACACAUGGGAGAAGCUGGAGAAGGCAGUGAUGGCCAUCCAGACGUCCAAAUCUAUCGCCUAUUCGCUGGAGGAAUUGUAUCAGGCGGUGGAGAAUCUUUGCAGCCACAAGAUGGAUUCGCAGCUGUACAGCAAAUUGUAUGCACUCACAGAGGCCCACGUGAAGUCCAACAUUGAGCCCUUCCUUGCGGACACCAUGGACAAGUUGGUGUACCUGAAGAACAUGAACGGUUGCUGGCAGAGUCAUUGUCAGCUCAUGAUCAUGAUCCGGAGCAUCUUCCUCUACCUGGAUCGCACGUACGUGCUGCAGAAUCCCACUGUGCACUCGAUCUGGGACAUGGGCCUGGACCUGUUCAGGAAGCACAUCGCCUUGAACAUCCUUGUGCAGAAGCGCACGGUGGACGGCCUGUUGAUCCUCAUCGAGAAGGAGCGCACGGGUGACACGGUGGACAGGACGUUGCUGAAGAAUCUGCUGCGAAUGCUGUCGGAUCUUCAGAUCUACCAAUUGGCGUUUGAGGAUAAGUUCCUCGUGGCCACGAGGCAGCUGUAUCAGGCGGAAGGACAGCGUAUGAUGCAGGAAUUGGAUGUGCCAGAGUAUCUGCAGCACGCAGACAAGCGGCUGGCGGAGGAGAAUGAGCGCCUGCUGCACUAUUUGGAUCCCAGCACGAAGCCACAGCUGAUCUACACGGUGGAGAAGCAGCUGCUGAGUGAGCAUCUGACGGGCAUUCUGCAGAAGGGCUUGGACAGUCUUCUGGAGGAGAAUCGCCUGGCGGAUCUGCAACUACUCUACUCACUGUUCAGUCGUGUGAAGAACGGCACGGCUGAAUUGUGCUCCAACUUUAAUGGGUACAUCAAGAAGAAAGGUCGCACAAUUGUGAUCGAUCCGGAGAAGGACAAGAGCUUGGUGCAGGAUCUGCUGGACUUCAAGGACAAGAUGGACAACAUUGUGAACUCGUGUUUUGAGCACAAUGAUAAGUUUGUGAACUCACUGCGUGAGGCUUUUGAGUUCUUCAUCAAUCAGCGCGCCAACAAACCCGCCGAGCUAAUUGCCAAGUAUGUGGACUUGAAGCUGCGGGCGGGCAACAAGGAGGCCACGGAGGAGGAGCUGGAGCAGAUCCUGGACAAGAUCAUGGUGCUGUUCCGCUUCAUUCACGGCAAGGACGUGUUCGAGGCAUUCUACAAGAAAGACUUGGCGAAGCGUCUGCUGGUGGGGAAGAGCGCCUCGGUGGAUGCGGAGAAGAGCAUGCUGUCGAAGUUGAAGCAGGAGUGCGGUGGUGGCUUCACGUCGAAGUUGGAGGGGAUGUUUAAGGACAUGGAGCUAAGUAAGGACAUUAAUAUUGCGUUCAAGCAGCACUUGGUGGGGCAGGAGAAGGACUACAACACCAGCAUCGAUCUCACGGUGAACAUCCUGACGAUGGGCUACUGGCCGACGUAUCCGAUCAUGGACGUCACGAUGCCGCCACAAUUGGUGGCCCUGCAGGGACUGUUCAGCAAGUUCUACUUGGCCAAGCACAGCGGGAGGAAGCUCCAGUGGCAGCCCACGCUUGGGCACUGCGUCCUCAAGGCGGUGUUUGAUCAGGGGCCGAAGGAUUUGCAGGUGUCGCUCUUCCAGGCGCUGGUGUUGCUGCUGUUCAACCAGAAGGACACCCUGGCUUUCGAGGAUAUCAAAUCCAUGUCGAAUAUCGAGGAUGGCGAAUUGCGGAGGACUCUGCAGAGUUUAGCGUGCGGCAAGGCCAGAGUGAUCACGAAGAUCCCGAAGGGCAGAGAAAUUGAGGAUGGUGACAAAUUUCAAUUCAACAACGAAUUCACAAAUAAGCUCUUCAGGAUCAAGAUCAAUCAGAUUCAGAUGAAGGAGACUACGGAGGAGCAAAAGGCCACGGAAGAGCGAGUCUACCAGGAUCGGCAGUAUCAAAUCGAUGCGGCAAUAGUUAGAAUUAUGAAAAUGCGAAAGACCCUCAGCCACAAUCUUCUCAUCAGUGAACUCUACAAGCAGCUCACGUUCCCUGUGAAGCCGGCCGAUUUGAAGAAGCGCAUUGAGUCGCUCAUCGAUCGGGAUUAUAUGGAGCGCGACAAGGACAACCAGAAUCAAUACAAUUAUGUCGCCUAAAGCCUGCGCAAGUACCCAG